AUGUCAGUCGACAAACCGCAGUACCAACAUUUCAUUCCGCAAUUUAUUCUGAGAAACUUCGAUUACCCAUUCGUCUGUCCCAUCGCCCCUCAUAAUGGAAGAAAAUGCAAGAAGCAUCAGCACGAUAAGGGAAAAUACCCUGGCGACCGGGUCGUGAACUGUUUGCAGCUUUUGCCAGAAGGUUUUAAAUUUGAGGAGCAAUCCAUCAAGCGAGUCUGCGGUCUGGAUGAUAUGUACACAGACAAGUCACCAAUGGCAGAGUCUCCUCGAGAACUAGAGGUCAAGUUUAGCAAGCUGGAGGCAGCGGCUAGCCCCAUCAUUCGGAAGAUAAUCGCCUCUCAUCAGCGUGGAGACGAGCACGUCAAAACUACCAGGACACAGCAGACGAUACUACGCAAGUUUGUUUAUCUACUGAAACAACGAAGCUCAGGGUUCUUCAAGACAUACAACUACCAGAGCAUCAAUGACUACAAAGGAAAGGACAAGGAUCUCUUGAAAUUGAUGAUCGUAUUGCGAAGCCAACAUCUUCCAGAACCACACGAGGAUGCGGAUCCUGAACUGAAGGCUGGGCGUCAGCAGCAGCGACAGAUUUUCAUAGACUCGGUUUUCGGCACUGGCACCAAGUCUAUACUUGAAGACCUUCCCGUUCACAAAGCCCUCAAUAAUUACUCGACUUGUGUCAACGGAAGACGGAUGGGACGGCCGGGAUGGGAUGAACAACUUCGCCAAACGGAUAGUUUUUUGUUCCCUUUCUUCAAAAUCUCCACGCGUCAUAUACGGGCCAUAAACGGUCUGCUUCUAGACCAUGCAUUUCACGGUUUAAGCAUCAUAUUCUUCCAAAAGGGUCCAUUCUUAGAUCUUCUAGAAUGGUACCUGAAAGAGCCAUGUGAAGUGGGCAAAAGGCUGAGUGGAGAAUAUGCUCAAGAGCAGAAGAGGUAUAUUGAACAAUUGGCCACUUUCAUGGUUGCUGAAGGGCGAAACGUUACAACAAGUUUCAGAUUUGAGCGAACGUGGCACGAUCUUGAUAUCGAGGCGUUCAAGAAACAGACUAAUGCUACUGCACGAUGGCUUGAAGAGCGUGAGAGUAGCCAUACUGAGAACGAAAAUACUGGAAAGAAAGGGAAACAGACUUCUGAACCUGAGACUGAUGGAAGCUUGGAGGAUACGGAGAGUCGAACAGUGCUCGACAGCGGGACCACAGACAACCAUCAGCCCAAAGACGAGCCCCUGAAAAACGUAACUACACGAUGGCUCAAAGAGCUUGGGGAUAGCCACAACAACAACAAAGGGAAGAACGUUGAAAAGGAAGAGACUCCUCCUCAUGAAGGCGAUGCAAAAGUCCAAGAUACAGUCAUUCAAAAAGCGGCCGAGAGCAUCACAAAAGCCGACGACGAGCCCAACCUAGCAGAAAAGGGCGAAGAUAAUCCACUGGAAAACGAAUGGAUUGCUGAGGUAUACAAUCUAUUCGCAGAAAAAUGGAAAUCUCCACAUGUUCUAUCGGAUGAUGAGACCAAAGCUCUAAAUCUGAAGAAAUCACUAGUCAUGAUCCGCGUCUGGCUCAGAAAUGCCAAACUAGAUUCAGCAGACGACAGACUCGAAACACUACUGGAAGGAUAUCAGUCGCGGCAACCGCCCGUCGUUUUCUGGCUGUUUCUAAAACGAUUCCGGUAUGCCCUAUGGAGUCAGGAGAUUGAGAAUACACCGAAAGACGAUAUUUUUUCAGAGAUAUGGCCCUGGCCGGGACCUGAAGAUGGAUUUCCGAAAUAUCCACUUACAUUUGACCCUCUUGUCCUGAAUCAAGCAAUGUGGAAAACCAUGAUUCGUGAUAUUGCCAUGUCACGGGACCUUGGUGAAAACUUAAGCCUGGUUGCGCUUACAUCACUUUGUUUAAAGAAUCCGAUUUCUGAACGACAACAAUUCUUGGAUUGGAUUACGCAAAUCUUGUUUUACAUGGUUUUCAAUAUCAUCAAGGUGGUUAUUGCUGCUAUACAACACUGCACUGGUUUUAAUGAGACUGUUUAG